AUGACUCCAACUGACCGCACCAGAACAAGACCCCUGGUGAGGGGCCAGAUCAGCCCCCUCCAUGCGGUGCUGUUUGCUGCAGGGUGUGGUGUACCGGGCGUGGCCAUGCUGACUCUGGCAGUGAACCCCCUGACGGGGUUCCUGGGGGCGCUCAACAUCGUCCUGUACACCUGCUGCUACACCCCCCUCAAGAGGCUGAGCAUCGCCAACACCUGGGUGGGGGCUGUGGUGGGGGCCAUCCCCCCCGUCAUGGGCUGGACCGCAGCCACCGGGAGCCUGGACCUAGGUGCCCUGCUGUUGGGGGGCUUCCUGUACUGCUGGCAGUUCCCCCACUUUAACGCGCUCAGCUGGAACCUGCGGGAGGACUACUCGCGGGGCGGCUACCGCAUGAUGUCCGUCACCCACCCGGCGCUCUGCCGGAGGGUGGCCCUGCGCCACAGCCUGGGCCUGAUCGGCCUGUCGGCCCUGGGCCCCGCCCUGGACCUCACCACCUGGACCUUCCCCCUGGUGUCGCUGCCCAUCAACCUGUACAUCAGCUACCUGGCCUUCCGCUUCUACCGGCGGGCGGACCGGGCCAGCGCCCGCGGCCUCUUCUUCUGCAGCCUGUGGCACCUGCCCAUGCUGCUGCUGCUGCUGCUCACCUGCAAGAGGCCGCGGGGAGAGCCGGGCGACUCCGCCCCCGCACUCACAGGCCCCGCCCCCGCGCUCACAGGCCCCGCCCCCGCGCUCACAGGCCCCGCCCCUGCGCUCACAGGCCCCGCCCCCGCCACAGCCCACCCCGCCCACAGGCCCCGCCCCUGUCACAGCCCACAGGCCCCGCCCGUCUCACAGCCCCGCCCUGCACUCAUGCCAUCCCCUACUCCCCACCCCCCCCAGAGCUAG